CUUAGGGAUAUCUUUUUUUGUUGUUGUUGUGGGGAUUCUACAAAAGAAAAGAAAAAAAGACAAAAAAAGGGGGAAAUUUUUGGAAUGUCGUAAAUGACACGGACCAGCGAUGGUUAUUAUGGUAUUAUGGGCUCUUCCGUCCUCCAUGAGCGGUCUCGAGAUGGCCACGGGAGUAUACUUAUGUUCGGAUCCCCCACGGCUAUUUUUUUCCGAGACCAAAUUUGGAACACGAGCUAUCGCUUACAGUCCAACGCGACACCAUGUUUGGCUCUACGGUACUAAUGUUGCGCACUAUAUAUACCUACCUUAUAUACACAGAGAUGUGCAUGGUUUCCGCGAGAGCGCAUCUGGUCGUGCAUUGCACAUACAUCUACACAUCACCGUCGACGUAUAUAUAUAUUUUUUGAAUUUGAAUCCUUGGCAUAGUUACAAUUUUCGGUUCACUGGUUACCUCUUGGACGUCAUACCGUACCUCACUGAUCCCUAGGAACAGCCCAAAGGGGGUUUUGGACCACUAGCAUAGUGCGGCGUUUAAAUACGACACUCGCCCUUUGUAUUUACCGGUAGAAGAGGCACUCCGCAGUGUGAUCUUUUCGGUUCCCAUUUGGAUCAGUUGCAUAUGUAUUGUUACCCCUUUUCCGUCAUUUGCUAGCAAAUUUCAUACCGGUUGGUACCUUGGGAUGGCUAGCACAUCUUCCUCUUUCCGUCGACACGGACAGCUAGGGGCGAAUGGAUUCCCCUUUUUACAUUGGCC